AUGAUGUACAAGGGUAAUAAAAUUGAACAAGAAAUACAAGCCACUGAAAAUACUUUACUCGAUCGAAGUUCUUCUAUCGGAUCAAAGAAAAAUAAAAUUGUAGUACGUAAUUCAAUAUCACAUAAUUCUUUAUCUCCAUCUCGGUCUUAUAUGAAACAUGUUAGUUUAAUUUUUUUAACUUUACAAAAUGUUGCUAGUAUAUUAUUAUUACGUUAUGUACGUACAACACCAGGACCACGUUUUAUAAAUUCAACAGCUGUACUUAAUUCUGAAAUUCAAAAAACAAUAUUUAGUAUAUUAUUAUUGAUUUACGAACAACGAAGUGUCAUUACAAGUUUUAAAGUAAUAUAUAAUAAAAUUAUACGUCAAUCAAAAGAUACAUUAAAAACUGGCAUACCGGCGUUACUUUAUACAUUACAAAAUAAUCUUCUAUUUGUUGCAAUUUCGAAUUUAGAUGCAGCUACAUUUCAAGUUAGCUUUCAAUUAAAAAUUUUCACUACAGCUAUUUUUACGGUGCUAAUACUUCGUCGUCCAUUAAAUCUUGUUCAAUGGCUUGCAUUAUUUCUUCUUUUUCUUGGUAUUUCCCUUGUACAAAUCGAGAAUAUGACAUCAGUAACACCAAAACACGAUGUUAAUCCUGUAUUAGGAUUAAUUUCUGUUGUUAGUGCUUGCACAUUAAGUGGCUUAGCCGGUGUAUAUUUUGAAAAGAUUCUUAAAGGUAGUGAUGUAUCAGUAUGGAUACGUAAUAUUCAAUUAGGUUUAUUUGAUAUAGUAUGGAUAGCAAUUACAAUUCAAUCAGCAGGUGGUCUUCUUGUUGCAUUAGUUAUUAAAUAUGCUGAUAAUAUAUUGAAAGGUUUUGCAACAUCAUUAGCUAUUAUAAUAUCAUGUGUUAUUAGUAUAACACUAUUUGAUUUUCAAUUAACAUUUUUAUUUUCUUUGGGUACAAUAUUUGUUAUAUUUUCAUUAUUUAUUUAUUCAAAACCAGAUUUAAUUACACAUGUACCAAUAUUUAAUAUCAUUUUCAAAGAUAGAUCAGUUUUAUUUUAA